UUGGCCAUUUCCUGACAUCUUCCAUAGCAGAGCCUGACAUACUUUCUUCUGUGUUUUACUUCAUAUUUUGACUCCAGCAACAUUCAGCAACAAAAAUGCUUCGACUGACUACAUUGGUUUUCUGGCUUGCUGGCAUAUGUGAUGGUGUGCAGAGACUGACCUGUCCUUAUGAGCUAAAGGACGAGGACCUCCCUAGGGUGUGGUGUAAGGAGACGUCCCCACAGUGCUGUUCAGGCUUCAGCUUCAGCAGGGAGAGCCAGUCUUUGGAUGCAGGAAGGCUGAAGGUGACUCAGGGUGUUGGCUCCUUCAUUGUGGAUGUCCAGUGCCUGGCCCAGGGAGAGGGAAUGUAUUGGUGCGGUGUGCUGAGCAGCAAUAAAACCAUCAUCAAACUGGCUGAGGAGUACUUCUACAGUGGUUCCUACGUUUGGGACAUUCUUCGCUGGAUUCUGAUGCCUCUGCUCCCCAUGGCGAUCAUCUUUUCUUACUGUUACUUAAAAAGAAAAGACCAAAACAAGAAGGAGAAGGGAGUAUACAUGAACAUCACUAUGAUCUCAGAUCUGGCACAAAAUAAUCCACAUACUGAAGAAGAGAUAACUGAGCUGGAAUGAUGGACAUUGCCAAAGGACACACCAAAUGCUAAAGGGGCUUUCAAUUCUAUGCUACAAAACGAGACAGCCAUUACAGCUUUUUACAGUUACACAACCUGAAGUACUGUACCUCAAGAAAAGGUAUUAGUCCUCCUGGUGGUUACAAGAGCUAAGUGAAAAGAAGCUAAACCAAUAGUUUGUCGUAGCUUUCAUGAUUUUCAUAAUGGAAAAAAAAGGUAAAUGCCAUCUAUGAAGAAAUACGUUUGCAUUUAUUAGGACGAGCCAAACACAGGUUCACAUCCAGUGAAAAUAUGGAAACAUUUCAUGGGAUGAAAAUAAAUAUCAAUUUACCUUUCUAUACAUUAUUUUCUUAUUGUACAACAUAAGCUUCAUGCGCCAAUUGGAAAUUUGCUCUUAGCAUUAUUUUUUGCCUCAUGAACCACCCAUUGAAUGACAACAAUAGACAGACAAUGCAGCAGUACUUUAGAUUAAUGCAUAGUUUCAUAUUUUGAAAGAUACAUUUUACAUUUUAAACCAUCGAAUGUAAUCUAACGUGACAAGUAUAUAAUCCAUCUAAAAGUCUGUUGUCUCGUCAGUUAAUAAACAUACCUUGUAACAUUGUCGAAAUAAAAGCUUCAUGUACUGUAUAUCAUUCCUGAAUACCACCUGCAUUUAUUUUCUUGUCUGAUAUGAAUUCAUGCUGCUUUUAAUUCAAUUGAUGGGUGUCUGUCAUCAUUACAGAAUAGCAUGGUAUCGUUGCAAUGUAAACAGAUUGCAAUGACUGCUUUCAUCUGCAGUGAUGCAAUUACAUACUAAUUUUGGUGAUGCAACUAGUCAACCUGCUUUAGCACACUAACACAUGGGACACACGUAUACAUUGGGAGCGGGCAAUAUAAACCUUAUGUUUAAGUCAAACCAGAUGACAAUCAACCACAUCGUACGCAUUAAUCAAUCCCAUUUGUAUUUCCUCGUCAGGAAAAUAUGACUAUGAUAAAUACCAUAGAUGAGAGUAGUACUAAUGAAGCACUAUAAUAGUCGACAGGUUUCAGUCCAAAAAUAGCUGCAUUCAAUGUUAGUAGGCUGCCAUUGAAAUAUCUCCAAGAACUACAGCUAUUGCAAGAAAUUGUAUUUCAAAUGGACAUCUGAAGCACAGGUAAAGUUCAUGGAACCUCAUGAGACAGACAUGAUAACAGUUAUGUAAAGUUAACACACGAACAGUAGGAGCCUUGGAAUGCAGCAAAAGAUUGAGAAAGAAUAUAUAUAUAUAUAUAUACUAGCAGUUCAUUAUUUAAGUUACCUUAUUGUGUAAGCAGUUUAUGACUUUAGCAAUCAUUCAUUUCUAAACUGGUAUGAGUCCCUUAACAACAUAAAUCAAGAUUAUUAUCUAAAAGCAAAUGUUCACAUAUAUUGUGUAGUGUGCUGCCAAGAUUUUGGUACUGGCUUCAGCAAUAAACAAAAAAAGACAGUAUAUGAUACAUUUCAGAGUGACAUAACAUUACAGUUCACCAAUAGAAGGCACCAGACAUAUCACAUCUGUCUGAAGCUACUACCUGUCAGUUCUGAUGCAUUACAGUCUUGACUUCCCGUAAGAACACUUGACACAUGGUUGAUAAGGAUUGCAGACAUGUACGUGUGUUGUAUGUCACUUCCUUUUAAGGCAUCUAAUUAAAACACACUGAAAUGUGUACUGAGGCGGUAGAAAAGGUGACAAAGGCUACAUCCCAAAUAGCACCCUAUUCCUUAUAUAUAUAUAUAUAUAUAUAUAUAUUGUGCAUAGGGAAUAAGGUGCCAAUUUGGGAUGCAGACAAACUGAAAACUACAGUCACUGUAAAAUGGUGCAUUGGGGGACCUGUUCCAUUGUGGGAGUGGAGGGGAGUAAAUGAUCAAAUGGAGUGAGAUAGUACAUUGUCAAAAAUAGAAAAAGUCAAUUAAAGCAGCAAAACUUUCAACAACCAUUACAUCACUGAGUCGGAGAAACAAAACCAGUGGAUCAAAGUAAGAGGACAAUCUUCAAUAUGUGAAAUAUGACCAUCAAGCAUGUAUAUGCUCCACUAUGUAAUAUCAACACUGUCAAGCAACCAUCAACACUGUCAAGCAACCAUCACUUUACAGGAAUAUGCUCUCAAGCAAUUCUUACACCAAAUAGAGGACAUUCAGACAAAAACGUUAGCCCUGCCAAGCCCAUUUGGAGUGGUUCACUUCAGGAGAGCAUCAUUUAAAAAGUUAAAAUAAAAUAGUAAGCAAACACACAUUUUAAGUUAAACGUCUGAAAAUAAAAAAAGUAAAAUCUUUCCUUAGUGGCUCUACUAAUUAUCAUACCCAGUAGUGAUCAUAUAGUUUGUAUCACACCACAGUGAGUGUCAGUCAUCUCCUUCCUGUUUCUCCUCAAAGGUUGA